CAACAGUUUCCUCCAAGCACAGAGCUACCAGGAGGGACGACUACGGUGGACUGAAAACCAUCGAAAGGGGGCGAAACAUCGAAUGGAAAUGUUCAGAUCUACAUGUAUACCAUGGACACUGAUAUGAUUCCAAAAUUCUCCUCGAAAGACGAGGAGAUUAACUUCUGGAAGGCUCUUUCCCUCAAGUACAAGAAAAAUUGCCAGGAGGCUCAGGAGGAGCUGCUGGAGUUUCAGGAGGGCAGCAGAGAGCUGGAGGCAGAGCUGGAAACCCAGCUGGGGCAGGCUGAGCACCGCAUGAGAGACCUGCACUCUGAGAACAGCAGGCUCAAGAACGAGGUGGACUCACUCAAGGAGAAACUGGAGCAGCAGUAUGCCCAAAGCUACAAGCAGAUCAACAUGCUGGAGGGUGACCUGGGUCAGACCCGGGGCAUCAAGGAGCAGCUCCACAAAUACGUCCGGGAGCUGGAGCAGUCCAACGACGACCUCGAAAGAGCCAAGAGGGCUACAAUUGUGUCCCUGGAGGAUUUUGAGCAGCGUCUGAACCAGGCCAUCGAGAGGAAUGCCUUCCUGGAGAGCGAGCUUGAUGAGAAAGAGUCCCUCCUGGUCUCAGUACAGAGAUUAAAAGAUGAGGCCAGAGACCUACGACAAGAACUUGCGGUCCGAGAGCGAAAUACGGACUUGACCAGGAUGUCAGCACCCUCCUCACCCACCCAGGAGGACAACGACAAGAUGGAUUCCUCUGUCCAGGCCUCACUGUCUCUCCCAGCUACGCCGCUCACCAAUAGUCUGGACAAUGCCUUCGCCAACCCAACAGAGUUGUCAAACGGCCUUGGUAACUCACUAACUCCCUCUGCCAGAAUAUCAGCACUCAACAUCGUAGGUGACCUGCUUCGGAAAGUAGGGGCUCUGGAGUCUAAGCUGGCAGCCUGCAGGAACUUUGCCAAGGACCAGAAAGCCAGAAAGUCUUAUGCCAUCACGGAAAACGGGAACGUGAUCAACGGCAACACAGCCAAGUUCUCCCAUACCCUCCACAUGACGUCGUCGUACUACGACAAAACCAGGGCGGUGAACGGCCUGGACCCUGGCACUCUGACAGCCAUCACAGCACCCCCUGCUCCCUCCCUCCCUGGCCUCCUGCCUCUCAUCAUGUGACAGUGACAGACACCACACCCCAAUUUAAUCCCCCACACACACACCCUGCCAAUGGACAAGGCUAUAUCCUUAAACAGAAAGCAUUGUGAUGACUUCAAACAAGAGAACGCACAUGAAAAUGGCUAGCACUAUUAAACACUUUUCACAUACUGUAAAACUGGCCCCUCUUUGCAGCCACUGCAUAUUCACAGGCUGUCUGUGUAAUUCUGGCCCUUUAGUGCUUGUGCUUUGGUCCUACUGUACAUGUGGCUCACAUUUUAUAUGUACUUGCUAAUUGUUUACUGCUUGUACAUAUAGCCCACUCUACACAGACAUCCAAAGAGGUGCAUCCAAAGAGAUGGUAUCUAUGUAGGAUCCUAUCCUCUCUGCAGUAAUUUUUCAAAUCUUUAGUUUAGACAGAAAAAACACAUUAUGCAAUUGAAAGUGUGAUACAGUGAGGGUUUCCAAUAUACAUGUUACCGUAAUUUUAUUUAACUGUUACGAUUUAUCAGAGAUGGUGUAGCAAGUGAAAGAAUAUAGAUUAGCCAGAGUCUACAGAAUAAGUAAGAUGUCUGGAUUACUGUAACACAUUCAUCUAGCAGCAUUGCCUCAGACAAUGCAUAGGCCCUCUCUCCUCUAACUCUCCACCCCUUAUUUGACAUUUCUUAUAAAUGGAAACUAGGGUUAAUGGAUUGGCAGCUGGUACACAUGUGUAGAUGUGUUUAAUAGCCUAGAACGGUCCUUCACCACGUGGACCUGCUCCUAACAAGCUGACUUAUUGUCCGUCACUAAAGGUGGUUUAAAUCUCUUUUGUCGACCUCCUAUGCCUUUCUGACCUUGAGUUUAACUCAGUAGCCAUCUGAAGAAUUUAAUGUUAGUUUUGUUUUUAUUUAUGUAAUGUGUUCCAAUUAAAAUGCAUUGGUUUAGACCUGUUCAAAAUGGAUGGUGAAGGAAAAUCCUCUGUGUCUUCGUGUUGAGUGUUCUGGGCUACUUAGUCUCAGCUCAGUUUAACCGUAUGACAACGUGCACGGUAUUGGUCAUAUUGAUCAUUAUUUAUAGAUGUCCACUUUGAGUGGUGCUGUCAUGGUGUUUUAGACCACUUUUGCCAGUAUUCCAUUUUUGGAUUUUAACUCCAAGUCUUUCAUUUUUGGUGUUUGAAUUUUCACUGGUAUCUUAUUGUAUUUAAAAUAUCACACAACCCUGUGUUAGCAACCUAUAUUGUAAGUUAAGAGCACUUUAUCCAGUGCAAAUAUUUUCCUUGUAUUUUCACAUUAUUCUAUCAGUUUUAUUCAAGUGCAAUAUUGCCUGUUUGUAUGUUUUGUUAAUUUAUUUCAUUCAUUUUAUGGCAUGAUGUGUUCAAAUAUAUAGGAUGUGAUUAUACAUCAAUUAGUCAUAUCAUGAUGUAGGAUCCGUUGUCUUAAAAUGUUGAGAAAAUAAAUAAAUAUAAAGCCAUUCUUCUUAUUGUUUUUAACUUAAAGUAGUCCACAAUGCAAAUUUAGCAAUUCAACUCUAGCCUCAUACCAUGAGCUAAUACAGGUUGUAUAUUAGUGUUCUCCUUGGAUCUAGUUGAGGGCAGCAACGACUGGGAUUGGUUAAUUAGUUAAGGUUUCAGUAGUGAUUUGGUUAAAUUUAGGCAAUAAUUGUGAAAUUAAACGGCUGGAUUCGAAACAGAGAAUUUAGCAACCUAUGUUACGCUCUCUGUACCCAGUAGGCUACAAUGUUGGAUUUAAUCAAAUAGAGGGUGUUCAUUAGUCGUGGCUAGAAGGGAUCAAGCUUUUGUCAAAUUAACGUCAGAUUUGUUUCGUAGCAAGUUACAUGGAACUCAAACCGGCUGUGCGCUUGCCCUAUCAUGCAUAAAUGUAUUUUGUCCCCCCACACCAAACGUGAUCACGACACGCAGGUUAAAAUAUCAAAAACUCUGAACCAAUUAUAUCAAUUUGGGGACAGUUCGAAAAGCAUUAUACAUUUAUGGCAAUUUAGCUAGCUAGCUUGCACGUGCUAGCUAAUUUGUCCUAUUUAGCUAGCUUGCUGUUGCUAGCUAAUUUGUCCUGGGAUAUAAACAUUGAGUUGUUAUUUUACCUGAAAUGCACAAGGUCCUAUACUCCACCAAUUAAUCCACACAUAAAACGGUCAACCUAAUCAUUUCUAGUCAUAUCUCCUCCUUCCAGGCUUUUUCUUCUCUUGACUUUAUAUUGCGAUUGGCAACUUUCAUAAAUUGACCUAGUUCAUCUUUCAGUCACCCACGUGGGUAUAACCAAUGAGGAGAUGGCACGUGGGUACCUGCUUCUAUAAACCAAUAAGGAGAUGGGAGAGGCAGGACUUGCAGCACGAUCUGCAUCAGAAAUAGAACUGACUUCUAUUUUAGCCGUUGGCAGUGAGCAGUGUGGCUGCAAUAAUUGAAUAAUAUAGAUUUCUGAAUUUAUUUUGUAAUGCUCGUGCACGCGAUGCGAGCGGUGUAGUCAGGGUAUGAGUAGAACUUACGCGGCAGGUUGGGAUAAUUAGUUAAAGGUUAGGAAAAGGGUUAUGGGUAGCUACAAUGCUUUUAUUUUUAUAAAAAACGUAUACAAAAGCUGGAUUCCUUCUAGCCAUGACCAGGUAAUAUACUCACGUUAGCUACGCUGAUUCAUGGACAGUAUAUCCAGGUUGCAUCUGGUUUAUAAGGACAUACAUCAGAUGCGCACUUUCAGGGAGCAGCAAACGACAUCACCACAUCCAAAACACAUGGCAGACAUUGGCUGAGUUUAAAAUCAAAGAAAGUACAGUAUGAAGAUGGGCAGAAACUGCUUCUCCAAUAGAAAUCCCAGAUCACGCUUGUAGGUGAUGUCAUGGUGACGUUGGCUAGCUAAGCUCAUGCGCAGAAAUAAGUCAUACCUACACAUGCCUACUUGUUAACAAAAUUAAGGAAGUUUCCUUUAAAAUUAUUCAUAAUAUUAUCCUGCCAACCACUAUAUGAAGAGGUUUUUAAAAAACAAACUCAAAUUGUAAUGACCACCCAGAAACGGUGUUGCAUCUUUUUUGGCAUUGUAUUCAUGUAAGGAAACUGUGGCAAGACAUCAGUAGAUUUAUAAUUGAACACAUUUAUGAAGAUUUUACACUAUUAUGUGAUGUACUGCUUGGAUUCAUUUCCUAUGAUAAAAUUGUUUCAACUUA